AUGCCAGCAUCCGAAAACAUUGAAAUGAUCACCGAUUUGCUUGAGGGACUGAAGCAUGGUGUUAAAGCGAUCAACCACGUUUUCGAGGUCGGUAAAUGUGCCAACAAAUGCUACCGCAGUUUGAAAGAUACCAAACGGAAAUCUAGAGACCGUGAGAACCAAACCCACGAGACACAUAGGCGCCAGUCAAAACCACACAAUCCUCAUUCUAAAACAUUCUAUGUGCUCGUUCCAUAUGAAACGCACCAAGUAACACGCUUUGAUCGAGAGGACGCAAGGAAGGUUGCGCUUAACGCAUUUAAGGGGAACACUGCACGUCUUAUAAGUCCCAAGGGAGCGUCAGAUAAGCAGCCUACUUCUUUGUAUGAAGGUUAUGUUCUGGCUAGGGUAAAGGUCGAAAAGGGCUAUACUAAUGAUGACAUUCUGAAAUCGGUACGGGAGAGUUUGAGGACCAAGGAAGGUUGUGCUAAUCUUGAGUUCUACUUUCGCGAACUGCGACGCUGUCGUAGGGGAUAUUAUGUUGUGUCCAAACGGGCUGUGGAUGCGCGAGCCCAGAAGGGGAUGAAGUAUAAUGGAACUGAGUCACGUUGA